AUGAUGCCGCUGAUGCUUUUUAUCUACGGUCGCUUCUUCCUCGACGUGCAGCAGAUACGAGUUCCCUAUGGUCACAUUGUUAGUCAGUUGCUGUGCGUUGUUGUACCCGUCAUUGUUGGGAUGCUCGUGAAAUUUUACCUCUCAAAGCUGGCUGCUAAAAUUCGGCGACUGCUGCGACCACUGGCAAUUCUUACCACCGUCUUUUUGGUGUGUUUCGGCACCUACGUGAGCCUGCCCAUCUUAGCUUUGAUUGGUCAGUAUCCGGUCCUCCUGCCCACAGCAACUGCUCUACCCUGGAUUGGCUUCCUGGUCGCCGGCCUUAUCGCCUUCUUGCUUCGGAGGCCACGCACCGAAAUACUCACCGUCGCCAUUGAGACAGGCAUUCAAAAUAUCGGCAUAGCCGUCCUCGUGCUGCUCUACUCGAUGCCCCAACCGGAGGGGGACAUUGGUGCUGUGAUGCCCCUGAUUGUGUCCUUCUUCACGCCUCUGCCUCUGAUGAUCGCGCUGAUGAUCCUCUAUAUUCGAGAGGGGCGGUGUGCCUGCUGCAGAAGGCGGCCGCGGCGCUCCCCACUGUCUCAGAAAGCCAACGGAACAGGUUUGACCGAUGGUUGUGAGGAGGAGGAAGAAGGCGAAGGAAUGAUAUCUGUACGGUCGUAAAACCUGGACUGCAUUUAACGGCUGUUACUGUCUUUGCAAUCGCUUCGUCAUUAUUUGGCUGUUUACGCUGCAGAAAACUCUUUUUUUGCAGAAUUAUGUUCGACUUGUCAGCCAGACGAAUGUUCCUCACACCGUUUCCCUUUUAAUAACACGACUCCUGUUGUUUAUCUUUCGAAGUAUUUGUUCUUCUUUUAAAGAUGGCCGUGAGAGUAAAUCUUGUGUGCUCCUACAUUCAUGAAGCUUUAUUGACGCAGAAAAUGAACGAUCACAACUUGGGUAUGUGAUGUACUUGCUCUUGAUCGGUACACAACAAUGUAGGGCAACGGUGUACAGAAGGACUCCAUUUACAUUUCAAUGGACUGUACACCGGGUCAUAUGGGUUUUAAUCUUCAGAUACAUUUGCAGGCUAUUGCAGAUAUGGCACUGCCAACGACAAUUACUUCUCACGACCUCACACCUUAACUCAAAGUACAUUAUUUUGCAAGAUUUACAUUUUGUUUAUUGUGUAACUACUACUCUUUGUUCCGUUGUCCUACAAUAGCGUAAGAUAAGACUUUCGAUAUCAAUCCAGUUAAUUUCUGCCUUUUCCUUCAUUUUGUCAGCUUACUGUCUAUCGGUUGCCCCACCCAUAAAACUCCCUUUACCAUAAAUCACGCAUCGCACGGUCAUCAGUCUACUGAGAGUUAACUGGGGUCCCUCUCUAAACCGUUGUAUAAUUUGGACAUUACAAAGUGGUCCUUCAGACUCCCCUUAUCAAACAGUAUAGAUGUUUUUGCUUCAUCCUGUUCAAAACGCUACAUGCAGUGAAAAGAGUUUUUCUUUGGUUUGCGUCUUCACAUAAAUACAACUAACUAUGCUCCGUCGCCAUCGCUAUGAAGUCCGUUUAUCUUCUCGCUUGCAGACUUCCUAAUACUGUACUGGGAGCCAGACUGGUCUCCUGGAUUCUGCAGCAGAGAUUGAAAGAUGCAGAUGGUAGCUAAUAUGUCGCGUAAAUUCGGUGGCAUGCAUUUAAAUUCCGUGUGAUUAGCUAUGCAUCCACAGUAGCAAUAGUCUAUCCACUUCCGCAGAUGCAUGCUUUGCAUCCUGAUUUCGAAGUUAGCCAGAUCAGGUGAGAUGAGGAUACUGCGGUGCCGAAUAACGAAAGCAAAUACAUGAAUUGAAUUUCUGCAGAAUUGCAUAAACAACAAGGAAAAUCCUGUUGAGUUUUACAAGAUGUUACGUCGAGAGAAAUUUCGUCUUACUCUCUAAAACCUCGACCGUCUUGCGCAAUCUAAAAUAGAGGACUGCAUUGAGUUGGUCGGCUGCAACAAAUCCCGCCUGCAUCAGAUGAGACAUUUACUUGACAAUUUUCUAUUGUUGGCCUUUGUUCUUGAAGCAUGCAUGUACUAUACAAAAGAGGACUAGGGCAUCGACUGGCCUUAAGCUAUUAAAGGCAAUUAGUAAGAACCCUACUGAGGAUAUAUUUCCAUUGAACACAGAAGACUUCAUUUAUAAUCCGUCUGACAUUAAACAUACCAAACUACAAACAGAGGCUCUGUCAUUAGGACUUGAUUUCUGUGUUCCUAACAAAAGGAUUAAUCCUGUUGAAAUUGGAUCGCAAUUUGGGGAUUUGAAUUCUCAAUUAUCUGAGUUAAUACCCAAAUCCUCUGACUACGUGGGCUGUCUGAGAGCAGAAUUUGUUGAUAUGUCGUACCAAUACCGCAGAGCUCCAAUAACACAACGUACACCUAUAACUAAAGAAUACAUGACUGCCCUGUCCGCUUUAAAGCAUCAUAAACAAAUAAUAAUUUCGAAACCUGACAAGGGGCAUGGGGUUGUCAUUCAAAAUCGCAGUGACUAAGUGACAAAAUUGGGAGCUAUUUUACGCGAUCAGAGUGAAUUCCGUUUAGAAACGUCGGCAAAGGAAGAAACCAAGGCAUUGGAGGACUGCCCCUGGAAGACAAUUAAAAAGCUGCUGGAAAACGAUCUGUUAGACUCCAGAACAGCGUUUGACCUAAAACAUAGGGGUUCAUAUACUCCCAAACUUUAUGGAUUACCAAAAACGUAUAAAAGGGAUAUACCCCGAAGACCAAUAUUGUUUAUGUAUAAUUCACUUUUUCGCAGACUAGCAUAGUGGCUAGUCAAAAAAUUAGCCAAUACAACGACGUUUUUCUACUUACACGCUAAAAGACAGCUUCUACUUCAUUGAAAAAAGUCAAAAAUCAAGACAAUUCUGACAAAUACAUGAUAUCCCUGGAUGUAUAAUAUCUUUUCACUAACGUACCACUGGAUGCGACAAUAGACAUAAUAUGCCAAUAGAAGCGAAAAGACGAGUCUGAGGAAGCAGUCUUGAAGAAGAAGACACGAUCGCCGAUGAUGAUGGAUUCGAGCAGGAAUCCGAAACGUCAGGCUAAUAAAGCUCUUGUCCCGGCGAUCGUGUCUUCUUCUUCAAGACAUAGUAUGCACCCAUGCAUCAAAAACUCGUCCGCCACCUGAAACACUACGAGACGCAUUAAAAUGGUUCACAAAGAACGUUCAAUCUCUCUUUACUAGCAAAUUAUAUAGAAAAAUUGACAGCUUUAUGGGUCAUCUAGAAGAAAAAGUGUCCGCGAAAUUGAAUUAGGCGAUUCAAUCAAAUGUAGAAACUGUUUUCAGGUGCAUUGGAUUGGGUCUGGAUAAAAAUACCAAGAACAUUUUCUCUGAAACCACUUCAGGUAGAUGACAGUUGUGUUCAUUUCUUGGGAAUCAGUUGGAACGAAUCCUGACAUUUUGAUGUCUCCACCUAAGGCAAACGUAGAGUAGAUGCGAUGACCCAUGAAAUGAUAACCGUAAUUGUGAAUUGCGUUUUCGACCGGAAAAGAUUACUUAAGUAGGACUGUCGUACUAGUCGCCAUGACACGAAAGACCGGUAAAAACGAUAAAAUGACCCAAAGGCAACUUUUUGUUGCGGUCGACCAGAAGUAAAGUUCAAGUGCACUUCUCAAACAACGGGUUGAAUUUCGUAGUGAGCCACUGUACAGGCAAGUACCCAGGCAAGUAAACUUGUAUUAACUUGAUACCUUCCGUACAGAAGCUCCAAUUGCAGCCUCGGUACUAAUAGUCUUACGCAAAUCCAGGGCAUAAAACGCAUGCGAUUCCAAACUUUCCUUAUUGCCUCAUUUUGUGACGCAAAAACCCAACUUCAAAUAGUGACAGUGGGCAGUGUUAGGCAGUUACGUACAGAUGUGUUCCUGAGUGUCACAGAAUCAAUCGCAGGCGUGAAGGCCGUCGAUACGAACAUGCCUACCUAAUUAGCGCAUCCAUUAACACGAUCAGGUUACUUCUCCUUGUGGCGUCAUGCACCAUUUACAGUGCAUUAAUCUGCCUUCGGCAGUCUAAUGACAUCAGGAUCUACCAUAACAGUCAGUCGGCAAUAGAAUUCAGAAGAAAAUAUGAACCUGUUGGUAUGCCCUGUCCUGAAGGCCAGCAUUUACAAGGUUGGAGAUGUAGUUGAGAUCAAUUAAAACAAAAAGCAGCCCCAACGGCGUACUUCUGCCGCGUACUUUUGCGAUCGUGUCAUUUUUCAAACUAUAUAUUUGCUGCCGAUAGAGGGUGACCGAACCAGUAGACAUCUGCAUCUUAAGACUAAAACCUAUUCGUUCUUGCACAAAUGUGUCUACUUUGAUUUGAGCACUGACCUCUCACGGUUAUUCUCAUCACCGCGUACGCCUACAUUCUUGCAAGUGUGUGUUGAGGCUGUGCGAGUGGCUAUGCCAGUAUCAGUAAAUCAUAGCACUGGCAGCCUGGUAGGCGCUGGCAGUUCCCUGACACCUGGUUUUCAGCCGGUAGAUUCGCUUGCGCUCCCGCUAGGUACACGGGUGGUGGGCAUGGCUGCGUAGUCAUCCUCGUCCAUCUGGUUCCUGUGGGGUGUUGCUUUUUUGUUGUUGCAGUUACUACUGUUGUUGUUAUUGGUAAAAAUACAUUGGUAAAAUGCAUGCUGUGGACCAAGGGGAUGUGGAGUGGGACGCCAAAGUACGGGCGGCUUGACCGUGCCAUCAACCCACAUCCCGCCCUCCCCUCUGCCUUGACACCGCGACCAGGUGAGGAGUGGGGAAGAUGGAGUGUGUUAUAUGCGGCGUAAGUAUACCUUCACUAUAAAUUAAAUCACACGCAAGUCACCGUGACUGAUGCAACUGGCUGUGUAGCACACGGCAGACAUAAUUGCAAUUGACGGUCAAACUGUCUUGAAUGGCAGUUUCUAUGCUGGCGCCUUUUUACUCUGGCCUUUAUACCACCGUCCCCCCUGAUUUGAGAUCCAGUAUGUGCAUAGCAAUUCCUAGUGCAUGCUGAGUAGACAUAAUUUUGAGCGGAACGCAAAGACGGGCCGGUUAGACUUGUAGCCAUUACGCUCAAGUUCACCAUCAGUCGUGCUGACAUAGUAUUAGCGUCAGAGUCAGAUAAGCUGGGGAUGUGACAGUGCAACAGAUACAGCACACGUCUACUAUCAUCAUAAACUAUCUCGUGCCCAAGUCCCCAAGGGGCACACGUCGAAGUUCAUCGAUUCUCAACAGCGAAAUGGCGAAGAGGAAGACAAUUCGACAUCUGAAUUGCGUGAUGGCCCACCAACUUGAACUUCCACCUUCAUUUCGACUGUCCAUCUAAUUAUAGACAGGUGUAAGUACUUGGGAAAUUGGUUCGCAACAAUUUUUGCGGACUCCAAAUUGCGGUUAGAACCGUGAAUUUGCCGAUAGAUGCGAAAAACUGAGUUGCAGGAAGCAGCCGGGGAGGAGCGGAACACGAUCGCUGUGAUAAGAGUCGUAUUCGUUUGACGUUUCAAGGUUACAUUCAAAACCGUCAUCAGAGGCAGCAUAAGAUUACUGCUUUCUGACCAAUUAGCAAGCAGUGAAACAACGCAUGACAAUCACUGUGUGCAGUUUAGAUUUUUUCGGCCGUUUGAAACACAGUUACACACAUCGGCACAGGGCAGAUGGCAACCAGUUGUCUUGUAAAUCGUAUUACGCCUCACAACACCAAAACAUUGAGUGGUCUGCCCAUUUCCCGAUGUAAUAUUGAGCAGCCAAGUUACUUCAGUCACGGUAUGACUCGGGCUUUCACACGCAAAUCUCUUUAGCCGUCUAAAAUAGAUGCAUUUAUGGGAAAUAUGACCACUCGGAUAAUAAUUUUUCACUGUUUUGCGAUGUCCACAUAAUAAACGGCCGAGGAAGCCGGUUAAAUGUAUAUAUCAGGUCUGUCCUGCCUGGCGUUAGCUGAUCAUGCAAAGGACUGCAAAUAUCCUUUUCGGUCUUCCUCAUGACUUGUUUCGCAGGUGUGUAGAAGACGGCUUAUUUCAGGAAAGCUUAACCAUUUCCACUAGCCAACUAUACCCAAAAAACUGGGAUGUCGCGAGACCUAUCCUAGGAACGAGCAUAUUGCGCGUUCUAACCAGAUCGAUGACAGACCGAUGUUCAUCAGAGCAGCAGCGGCGGACAACAGAGGCCUCGACAAGUAACACCCGGCAGAUCACCAUCCAUUUGCCCCUUGAAGCAAUUUUAUUAUAUGGGUUUGUAACAUCCAGGCAAAUUCUCAAUAAUUCAUGAUAGGACUGAUUUAUAUGGCCCUCUAAACAGGACUUGGGAUUACGAACGCUGCACCCAUGCAUUGCAGGUGUACUUGGGCAUAGUUCUGCAUAGUUCGUGUCCUACCUCCAACCGUAACCUAAAUAUAAAACUUAACCGUUGCCGUAAUCUUGACCCAGUUCCUACACUAAGCCCUAACUCUGCAGUUAACACUAAUCCCUACCUUAGCCCUGAACUCGACUUUGACUUUUCUUUUCAUUAACUUUAAAACUAGCCUUACAUGUUAUCCUUAGCCCAAACCGAAUCCUAAUUUAAAUGAAAGUAGGCUUCAAGUCACCUGUAAUGCAGGCGUUUAUUGUUCUCAUGGCCCUUGUGGGUGGCUACAUAGAUCAGUCCUAUCCUGGGCUUCCUAGAGAGGCUGUGAGAUUGCGGCAGCCGCUUUAGCCACUAGACAUUUGAAACGCCAACACUCGUAGUUUAACAAAGCCAAACCGAGUGAAUAUCGAUGUUUAUCUGAGCACUGGCUCGGGUCGCCAAACGUUCAACUUCCAUUUUUUGUUAACCUCACCACACAUUGCUGUAUAAUUUUUUGUCAACUAUCCAUUUAAGAGAUUAUUUUCUGACAUUUUUAACUGUAGAAUAACACUCCACCCACUAAUAUCAGCCUUCAGACGCAGGUGUACGCCACAACUCACAAAAUCACUCCAAUUUAUAGAGGCUGCGAGAACGCAAUCAGCAGAAACAACCCCCGAUAAUCACGUCCCACGUCAUUGUGCGCAUUUAUAACUUGCGCACUUCUUACUAAACCUUGCGUCAUUUAAGUACUUAAGCUUGCGCUUGUAACCCUACAUCAUUGUGCCUAAGUUGUGCACCAUAUUGACCAGGGUAAAUUCUUAUUAUAUUCCCACACAGGGCUUCCACGUUUUAUUACCUCGGGGUUUUAUGGAGUACGCUUACCACUUAGCAAAUAAGUAAUGUGAGCGUACUUUUGCACGCCUCAUUUUCGGAGUAGCUAGUCAAACGUCGGAUGGGCUACUGUAGUCCACGGAAACGAAGAUGACAAACACACUGCCGAAAUUAUCAUUUCUGAGGCCCACAAAAUAAUUCAGAUGUCCUCCCAACUAGUGCAGGCAACAACCAUUAUGGGGGGGGAGUGGUCAUAUCUCACACUUCCCGCUAAAAUCAGUGGCGGAGUCCCCAAAGGGGCCUGUUGAAAGCAAUCUAGGGUGCAUUUAAGUGGUUCUGACAGAUCUGGAAUCCAUCUCUCUCAUUAAAUAGAGUGGCGUGGCACGCCGCACCGGCACUUGUGGUAUCUUUUGACUUGAAGCCUCUUUUUCAGGCAUCCUUGAGAUCUUAUUCUGCGCCAGGAUUCACUAUAGUCUUUAGGAUUUUCAGUACCUUCUGGUUUGAACUGCGCUCUACCAGCUAGCUCAAACACCUUCUUAAGGCCAUCCUCAAGAUAUAAUUCUGCAUCCAAAUGAAUCGAUUAGUACGCUGAGUAAACUCUCCAUCCCCCACUCUUCUGGCAUUUGCUUGCAUUCGGCAAAAAAUCUGCGUAGUUUUGGGCUGUCUGGUUUUCAUCUAAUCCCGGUAUGAGAUAACGCCGAGGUUAUUGCAGUACUAAAUUGCCUACUGCUAUUGGCUUUCAAGACUGACGUCCUAUUACGCAGCACGCAUAUCUGACCAAAACCAAAUCACGUAGAUUUCGGUCUGGAUCAUCCACCGUGCUCCAGACCUGCAUACGCUUGUGACCCAGUUCAGGGUCUGUAUAAGCGUCAGCAUUCAGUUUUUGUACAAAUAUUUGGUUUGACAUUAGAAUAAUUGGCCCCUCGAGUUAUACAAGUGGACUUGGGAUUACUUUUUCUCUUGUCCUUACUCUAUCCACAACCCUUACAGUAUCUGUCAACUGCAAACAAGUGAACGACCUACUACGACCUUCACGUUAACCCACGACUGGACGCCCCUACACCCCUCAUCACCAACGCCAUUAUCACCAAAUUAUUCUAACUCUGCAUCCUUCCAAACGCAUUCUGUCAAAACACACCUUCACACGAAAUUUAUUAACAGCCGGCGACGCUGUCACUACUACCGUCAUGAUGUAGGGUAUGACUGGCAUUGAAGCUGGUAAACACGCUCAACCCACCUCGUCUGUCGGCACAUAAAGGAGUUUCCGCUUACCUCCUGACUUGUCUCCCUGUUCACUUAACCGACGUGGCAGAUCGGAGACAGUCAAAGUGAAUAGACUUUUUCAAAAUACUGAGAUGACUGUGGGAUGCAGAAUAGGAGAGUUUCCAUAUUUUUCACACAGGAUAUUCGACGUCCACGCUUGAGUAUUCUAAAAGGCAUGAUAGCGUUGUAUCGCGGCCACAUCAUUUCGACAAGGGCUCUGCUAACGAUAAGGUGCCCAGCUAGCGUAUGAUGUGCACCAUGGUCGCACAAUGUUUCAUAAUUAGUGGGUAGCCAAAGCUUUCUUAGGUUUUUCUUGGUUAAUACUGUCGUAUCCAACGACAUGGACAUUAGUUGUAUGGCGUUGAAUUAGUGACCACAGCGUCUUCCUUGGUCAAGUGGUCGUUGACUCCGAUCAUGAAUUCAGUAGCAUUCCGCCAUCCUAGUAAAUGGCAGAGUUUUGUAUUUUACGAUACUUUUAGACCAACUAACCAUUCACGUUGGUAAAAGCGUCAUUGACAAACCAAGCCUACGAUUCUGGCAUACGGGUUUCGACCGAUAACGUCCACAUCUUAGCAAUACAAUGUCCGCGAACGGCAUUCCUUCAUGCUAUCACAUUGCUACCACAUUGAAUUUAAAAUUCACCUGUCAAUGAAUUAAGACUUAAGAAGUCUUUGGUUUUUUCGCGGAGACCUGCCCCAGUGGCUGAUUGCGAAAGGGUCGGUACACAGCUCCACUUGUUUCCUCAAUUAUGGGCUCGGAGACGUCGAAAUCGCCAGAUCGGGAUUCCGUGAAUGAAGACUGGCACCUGCGGACAUAUAAAACGCCCGGAUAAACACUGCAAAUCGACUUGGCGGUUCUUCUUUUGUUUCUGCCUUGCAAUAAGAGGACUUAUUUACUUGACUGUCACGCUUGUAUAAAGUACAGUGCACAUUAUGGAAAACCUGCUCAGAAAUAUGUGGAAGAACAUGCAGUCGCUGAAACAAGAAGUCUACCAGCCCGAAGUUUUGGAUUCUUACUCAAACGCAUCAACAGAGACACUUGCAGAUACAACAUUCCUUUCACUGUUCAACUGGUAGUAAACGUCUGUUUAAAAUUUUCAGAACAAAAAGGUUUCAUGUUCCCAGUUUUUCAAUGAGAGUUGACGAUUCCCUUUUUAUCUUAGAACACGACUGCCUUCGGGUUACAAGCUGCACGCUUUACAUUUGUGUAAAAUUCCGCAUUCCUUCAUGCUAUCACAAAUCUACCACGUGGGAUUUAAAAGUAAGCAGUGGAUAGGGAAAGCAUUGCGUAAUUCAUUGGGGACGUUAAGGAACGGACAGGUAUUGUGCUGUUUUAACAGACAUUUUAGGUCUUUCAAAAUAUGACAGAUAUGCUUGCCGCUUAACUAUCUCUUUUUCGAGCAAACAAAAAUCGGAGAAAUCGUACUUCAUUGCACACUGGGUAGAAGUAGGUAUAUUUGUGCGUUCUAAUUCUAAAAAAAUUUCCGGAUUUAUAUGGACAUCGAAAUCCACUGGAAAAAUUAAUACUAUAUUCACAGGCAACGGGAAGUAUGUAUUAUCAGUAGCCCGGCUAAUGCCGCGGAUUGUUAGUAUUACAACAGCAACAAAAUAAAUAUUCGCAACCGAAUACUAACUGCAUAAUUUCUGUCGGCCUUCUGUGAUUAAGGCAGGCCUGAUGUACACCAAUGAAAGCUCCCAAUAGGAACCAAGCCAGGGAGGAGAUUGAAGUCGACAUUUCCAAUAUUUUGUCGUGAACAGCUGACGUCAAGCAGAACAGAUCUGACGUGCGUAUACGACCUACCUGGUCGAAAGGUGAUGAGCGAGGUUAGGUGCAUGGCCGCGUAAUGUAUUUUAUGCUAUUAGAGUAAAUUUCAGUCACAUUGUCUUCGCGUCUACGCCGACGGGCCUUCUCUUCAGAAUAUAAUACCCACCACACCAUUUACAUCCGAAUGGCAUGCCUCGGACAUGGCAGUUGUUUGUAAAGCGGUGAAUCACUCACGAAUGGACCCCAAUAAUGACAGGGAAGACAUGGGCAUUCCUUAUUGUGCGAUCUAUCCAUCAGGCCUAUCCACAUGGCAGUCCUUGACGCGUCACGCUUUCAAGUAAUCCAGAGCCAUCUGGGCAUGUAAGCUCGUGUAGAACAGGACCUAUUCCAAGUCGCCUUUAAACUGUGUUCACAAAUAUGUUUUCGUUGUCCGGAAAAUUUGAGCCGUUCGGCCUUUCCUUUUAGCUAAUAUGCACUUCGAGGCAUCCGCAGUCGUAAGUGGAAACAGAGUGACGGUAGUUCGCAGAUCUCGGAGUAGCAAAGUCAGUCAAACUUCUCAGCGUCCUGGAUGUCCUUUUCCCCCGCCUUAUGUUUUAAUUAUUGUGUUGCAAAUGGCAGAAAAGCCAGCCUGUGCGUAUCAGUUGGCAUGCUUGUUUCAUCACCCGCUAGAUGGGCUUGUAUGCCAACUCUGCCUCUGAUUACGGUUGCUAGCCUGAAUUAGAAAUGUCAGUCAAAAAUGACUCGUUUUCCUAAGAUUUUUUCUCCUUCUUCCCCUAAUGCUUUCUGAAACUCGUUUUUAGGCUCCAUCGAUAGACUCAUGACUAUAAUCUUCAACUUGCGGCAAACAUAAUGUACGAUUAGGUUACGAUAGGAAUAUUUAGAGUGGCGUGACAAUCAAAAAAUUGCCGUGGAGCAAGUCGAAAUAUAGGUGUAAGCCCGACUUGAAAGACUAAUAUGCGACGUAUUCUGAUACCCAGAACCACAUGAUUUGAUCUUACUCCCGUUCACCCUUGCGGUUUCAAUCCAGAGCCAUCCUAAACGGUUUGAAUACGGUGUGUCAUUUUGCUUGCUUUAACGGAGACGGCGAUUAUGAUUGCAUGGUACGUUCUUUCCCUGAACUAAUGGUUGCUGCCCAUUCCCUGAUUUGAGGCAGUCCUGUGUAACAGUGGUCGCACUCUACGCACCAUUCAGCAGACCGAGAUUCCGUCAAUUGUCUAUUUGCGAUUUGAGCAACACCCCGGGACUAUGGUAGUCAUGCUUGAGAAUGAAAUCACGGGAGCAGUGUUGAUUUCAUGCUUCAGAGCUCUUGAAAGUCAAAACAUUUUUGGGUCCUGAGACGAGAUUUGAAUUACAAGACAAUUCGCCGCACGUCAGGUGACAUGUUUUAUUUCACUGCUUACCAAGGGGUUUGUAGGUAGUCUUUUGAUUCUCCGCCGGGCAAGUAGGAAUCUUCUUCCAGUAGUCGUGUCUCCUUCUCCUCCCACUGCUUCCUUCAACCCAACUUUUCGCCUCCACCGGCUGAUGUACGACACUAAAACGUGCCAUAAGACAGGCAUAGUUAAUACAACACAUAAAGUUUUUGUCUAGUUUCCAUAUGUUCACGACCUUAUCUGCUAACAUUAAAUUUUUUCAUAAAUAAGCCAACGUCCUGCGUUCAGCGUAGUGCGGGUCAUACGGUGGACAUCGUCAUUAGCGAUGGUCAGUCUGUCUUUCUGCAAAUAACCUGGAGAAACUCAAAGGAGUAAGCAUCCAUCCAAAUGAGGUCAUGGUAUCUUUUGAUGUUACAUCCCUUUUUACUUCUAUUCUCCAGGACCUGGCGAUCGAGACAACUGAGCUGCUACCACAAAGCAAAUACGAUGAAACGGAGAACCGUCUUGGACACGCCCAAAUCCUUCAGCUCCUGAAGCUCUGUCUCAGCACGUACUUCACGUUCAACGGGAAAAUCUACAAACAGGUGAAGGGCACACCAAUAGGUUCGCCGAUUUCGGGAUUUAUUGCCGAGGCGGUCCUGCAACGGUUAGAAUAGCUGGUCUUCCAACACCACUGACCGAAAUUCUGGGUCCUGUAUGUGGAUGACACCUUCGUCGUCAUCGAACGGGAUCAGGUCUUGACAUUCCAAAAACAUCCCAACGCCGUCUUCCCGGACAUUCAAUUUACGGUGGAGGAGGAAGAGAACAACCAGCUGGCCAUCCUGGAUGUCCUCGUAUGCCUCAAAGAUUGUGGUGAACUAAAAAUUAAAGUGUUCAGGAAAGCGACAAAUACGAUGCAAGUACUGAACUUCAACAGUAACCACCCAAUCAGCCACAAACGCAGUUGUGUAAGGACGCUCUAUCGGCAUGUCGAAAUGCACUGCAAUGAGCCGGAAGACAAAAUUGCCGAACUACAAAAGUUCCGACGGGUCUUCAAAGCCAAUGGCUACUCGCGCAACUUCGUCGACCGGUGCUUACGCAAAAGGGACGAAAGGCCUGACCGCACGGACACCAAAUCUUGGCGGGCACUUGCGUAUGCCAAGAACGUUUCGGAAGCUUGCUGAUAGAAGCGAACAGGCGAGUUCCAGUUAGCAGUUCAGAAGAUGAAGAUGCGAUCACCGGAACAAGAAAUUUAUUUGCCUGACGUUUCGGAUCCUUACUCGAAUCUAUUAUCACAGACAUUAGCAGAUAAAGGUCUGCUAAUGUCUGUGAUGAUGGAUUCGAUUAAGGAUCCGAAACGUCCGGCAAAUAAAUUUCUUGUUCCGGUUUCGGAAGCUGUCGGCCGCCUUCUCGCACCACUUGGGGUUGCAGUGGCACACAGACCGGAGGCAACCAUCAGACGUCUGAUCAUGAAACCGAAAGACCCACUGCCACGGCUAGAAAUUUCUGUAGUCGUUUAUUGGAUCUGGUGCAGUUGCGGACAAAGCAACUACGUCGGAGAAACCGGAAGACAGCUCCGAACGAGAAUGGCCGAACACGCGGCAGCGGUGCGCGGAAAUGACGCCAGCUCUCAAGUUGCAACUCAGUCGACGAGAUCCGGCCACACAUUCAAAUUCGACGAGGCCGAAAUUCUCGCAAGAGGUGACAACCGCGUGAGUCGGGAGCUACUGGAAUCAUGGUUUACUGGCCCCCAGUCCACCAACAAGUGCAACGAUCUUCCCACUCCAUACUGCGUGCUAAAAUUUCGCCUAGGCGGAGUAACAAGCCAUUCGGGGAGGGCAGAGGUGAGCACUUUUCCCAACACCGGGGUCGGUGAGUCGGAUGGUCGAGCAAUCAUCACGCCAACAUCCAACACACGUGAUGAAAUUGCAGCAAUUAUCGACUCGAAUGUCGGCCAUCAAGCAAUGAUCACACCAAGUGCGACGAUCCCGGAUAAGGGGGGAGCCGUGAAUGUGCAUAGGUAUGCGGUAGCAUGGCUACUGCAUCCUAUAAAAACCGCAGCCCCUUGUGCAACAACCACCCGUUUCUGCUUUUUUGUCUCUGAUGAUGGAUUGGAGUAGGAAUCCGAAACGUCAGGCUAAUAAAGUUCUUGUCCCAGCGAUCGUGUCUCCUUCUUCCAGAAAUGACUGUUCCAUUGCCUAUAUCUCUGUCAGCAAAUAACUUACUCGGUUGCAAAAUCUUGCUUAAAUACCAAUCAUAUGCUUAUCGGUACCGUCCAUGACAAAACAGCAUUACCCUCAGCCCUUCCGUCCGUUUAGGAAAUCCGAAAACUUACAAGAGGACUUCUUACUUUCCCGCUGUCUUGGUUUCCCUAUGGAUGCUUCCAUUUUAAUGUUCUCUGCGGAAAGCAGAAUGAACAGCAUAGGACGUUGCUUUUUUCACAUAGUUUAUUAAUAUCACCCUAUUAAAAAGUUUGUUAACAAGGAAACAAUGACUGGCUUCAACAUGAUAAGAAGUUAGGAGCGUUUGAUCUUUGAAGAAAGGACCACAAUUUCUUAACUUUGUGGACGAAUCACAGUAUUUUAAAUACUACCUUGCGUUGACCAGACAUAUUCUGGAACGUAAAUCCUCAUCCAUUUUGUUUUUUAUCUGACUUUAUUCGUCUUUUUGUUUUACCGGUUACUCUCUACCCUUGGACUUGAUUCAGCCCUGUUCUGAUGAGCAUCGGUCAGUCGUCGAUCUGGUUGGAGUGCGCGAUAUGUCCGUUCCUAGUAUGGGUCCCGAGCUAUCCCAAGUUAAAUUCUGAUCAUGGUCCAUGUUUCUUGAUUUAUGCCACCAACUCUACGCCAAUGAAAGCCUCUUCUGCAAACAGAAUCAGAAUGCAGAUCAAAGUGUCGUAAUCAUAUGACGUCAGGCAGGACAGACCUGACCUGCACAGUGGAUCUACGUAGUCAGCCGUCAGUAUUCAAAUCGAACACUCUGCGAAAUUUAAUAUCCUGUGACAGCAAAGUCGAUUAAACGCGUCGGCGCCCUUGAUGUUCAAUCCAUUUUUUUGGCUUAAGGUUGGAUUUGAAUAAGAAGACAACUGGCUGCCCCUUGUCAGUUUGUGGUGCUGCAAGCGGCAGAAAACUUAAACUGAGCACUGUGUGGUUUUAUCUCUUAUCAAGGGGCCUUGUAGGCACUAUCCUACUUCUGCCUCUGAUGAUGGCUUUGAGCGUGAAUUCGAUAUGUCAGCCGAAUAAGACUGUCGUUUCUGCGGGCGUGUCGCCUUCUUCAUCUGCCGCUUCCUGUUGUUCAUUUCCUAACCGGCAGAUUUACGUCUAUAAACCGUUCAAUGCGAUAGGCAGAAUGAGUGGACGCAUUCGAGCAGUGUGGCAAUGCAAAAGGCGCUCUGGGCCAGUUUUACUAAUUCUCAUCUUCAAAAGGCAAUUUGGCGAGCAUACGUUUGCUUUCGAUAAAUUCUCUUCAGGCCUGUACAUUUAUAUCGCUAGUGAGGUCUUGAGUUAAAAAAUACGGGCAAGUAGAUAAUUAGGCUGUAGCUCGGGUUUGGGGGGAGAGUGAAACACCACAAUUCUAGCCAGCGUCAGGGAGAAGGUGGGCCCCGGCGAAGGUAAUUACAUGCGGGUAGAUGGCUCGGUGGCUUUGAGCCAUGGCAACUGUGGGACCUGUAUGACGUUAUUCUGUGCGCAUAGGACCGGUCCGCGUAGCCUGAUUGCAGCCGCCUCUGCCGUAGCCAACAUGUGCUGCCCAAGUACUUUUUGAUAUCUUGAGCUACAGCUUAAUUAUCUGCUUGCUUGUAUCUUUUAAUUCAUUACCUCAAUAGGCAUAAAAAUGCACAGGCCUGAAGAGAAUUUGUCGAAAGCGGACGUAUGCUCGCCAAAUUGCCUUUUGAAUUUUACAAUGGAAAUUUUCGCUACUUUAAUACUCUCAUCAGCCUAAAAUUCGAUGGCCAAUCAGUAUGGAGGUGGAAAGCCUCGUUGACAGACUAACGACCGUUAUAUUCUGAUGCCAAAUCCGCUUCUGCUACGCCCAUCCGCUUUUCUUGAACAACGAUAUCCACCGUGGGUCCCAGGGAAUGAGUUUAGGGCGGUGACUUGCGCGUGAAUUAUGUUAUAGUUAUAACAGUCUUGAGCAAAAUCCGGCUGUAAUGGGAAAACAUUGACAGUAUAACCGAUGGUGAAGUCGGCCUAAGUAAUCUACGCACUCCACACACGUUCUUGUCCACUAAACAUGCAGUAGGCUUUGGAAUGAGCAGCAUGGAUCUCACACUAGUGAGAGUUCCCAAAUACCGCGAUAAGAAGGAACCGACUAUUCGCACAAACCGACUCAAAUCCAAGAAUGUAGGCGAAAGCGCCGAUAGGGAUAACAGUGACAGGUUGGCGGUCGAAACAUCAUGGACACAUUUGUAAAAGAGCGAAAGGGCUCCGUUCCUAAUAAGCAAAGUUCUGCUCUUCCGAAUACACCCUCAUCAGAGUUUGCAUGUUAUAUGACGGAGGCAUAAACGCCGUCAAUUCCGCCGUGUGUCAGUCGGCCUUAAGCGCAUCUGUAGCAUUGUGGUUCUCGACUUGUGGGUGUGGUGUGCCAAUAAGUUUAUAUUUUUGUGCUGAGGUCUGCCGCCGACUGACUGUUAUGCGGAAGCAUGAUGCAGGUUACGCAUGAGGGCAUUAGUCUGAAGCAUGCAGUUUAACGCCUCAUGUGCGGUGCACGACGUCACCAAUAGGAGGUAACUGAACGGUAUUAGUGGAUGGUUUAAUUAGCUUACGGUGUGAGUUAUGAAGGUCUUCCCACCGAUGCUCUGUUCUUUGACCAUCAAGAGCACAUUUUGAACGUGAUAUUCUACCGCUGCGCACUGUGAUUAUAUCACAUCGAAAUUAUUUGCGGCAAAAUAGAGCAUAAAAAUUAUUAUAACAGUGCAUAUGUUGUAUGCAUUUGAUUUGUAUAAGACUAUCUCUACAGAGGCCAACGGUGAUUUUAUUGCUUGAAGGCUGCGGACAUUAUACUAUUUUAUUUCCGUGAAAGACCACAUUAAUGCCCACAAUCUCAUGUGGUACCAUGUUUUCCGACCGGUGUCUUAAACAUCUGCAGGUUAAUUUUGGUGCCCUUCUCGAUCUGCUUGUGUUAUGACCAUUUCAUUUCAGCAAACACUGAAAGUUUUUACUCUUCGAAGUGAUUUUGAUGGAAGACGUCUUUGCUGUAGCAGUUAACUAGUUUUGAUCUUCCCAGCAGCCUUAACUGUCCAGUGGUUAACUAUAAAAUCCAAGUUCGUGCUAAAGAAAUACCUACGAAAUUAGAUUCUGGUAGGCUUUAACAACACAAGUUACUUUUAAAACAGUUUAUGGUCUUUAUGCAAUUUCAGACAAUAGAAGAAAGGAGACAAAUUGCCACAUCUAGUAGAGGAUUGUAAAAAUAUAUUUGUUAUUUUGGAAUGACAGACAAAAGAAAUUUUCCAACGGGAAUAAUACUUUCAUGUGUCGCUGUUAUGUUAAAAUUAAGAAAUGUCACUUAUUACUUCACAGGGCGCCAGAACGACUGCAGAAUACAACCAACAUGUGAAUGGUGCGUUGAAUUAUCUCAUCUAGCGCAACAUUAUCGGACGCUUUGAAAGUUUUCAAGACUGUUGAUCUUUUCGAAGUCUAGGUCGCAUCGCUAUUAUCGACGUUGAGCGGAUUGCUUUUAUCUUCUUUUGCUGUCUCGAUCAUUUGGUGGGUGUUUGGUUGCCUUGACAGCUACGUGAAAUAUGAUUUAUGCCACUCGAUAGACGGUGGUUGGCAUCUGCGAUGGCUGUUCAGUCUGGCGGCUCUUUUUCUCUCAUGUCGAGUAAGAUUGUCGUCGGGUCGAUGCCUAUUAUCAGAUGCUAUUGAAAGUAUGAAUUGGUUGCACGUUAUUCAGUUAAAAUAAUGGCAGAUGUGUCCUCGACGCUUUAAUCCAAGCGUGUGUCCAUGGGUAGUUUCGGAAAUAUGGUGGCAUGAUUGGGCAAGGAUUAAGCAUAUGAGUGGGGUUAAAAAGCUGUACUGUUUUGUAACGAAUUUUAUGAAUUAUUUUUUGGGCUACGUCAUGUUUGAAUGCUUAAUAACGGAAAUUUUCACUCAUGCAGCAGGAAGCAAAUUUACUUAAAUGUCAUUUACGCAAAGUCUAACGAUGACCCGUCGAUCCAACGUCAGCUAUUUACUAAAUUAAAGUUUUAACCAUUCUCAAAGAACUUUUUCACUUUAAAUUACCUUUUUUAUGAUGCCCAUCUUCCACCUUGUGUGUAUAUAUAUUCCUCAAACAAUUUUAAAUGCGGAAAAAUGUUGAACUUUUUUUCAACCCACGAUGCUAACUGCUGUGUUAAAUAUUUAACUCAGUUAUGUUUAUUCGAACUAAAGAUUUUUCCUCCUCAAAUACACAGUUUUACAAAUACAUAUGGUACACAGUAGAUUAUAUUAGAGGGGAGUGCAUUGGGUUGAAAUCGGGUGGGCAUUUUAGAUCAAAAUAAAAACUUCACAUUUCAAAAGUAAGGAUUAAUGGCCAGUAUAGUUUUUGGGCGGCUGAAAGGGUUAGCAUUCAGAUGCCGGCAUCCAGUCGUAAACCGGGCGCAGUGGGCCGGAUGCGCUACGUGUUAAUCAGUACUGCAAAUUUACUUUUCAAAUGAAGGCCCAUUGAACAAAUUGAGUCAGAGAUUCACAGGACUCGCAAUCGUAGGAUCGUAUUUUUAAAACUCGAUCCUCGGUGGGUAUACAUCAGGGUCAGUUUUGAAUGCCGGCAUGACACGGCCUCUCAGGGUUUGACACAGAGUUUGGUUUUUCCAACUGCGUUUAAAUUCAGUUAGUUCACUGAUAUUUUGGCAGACAAAAUUUACUGUACUCCUAUUAUAUUUUAAGACACAGUCGCAGAUUUGUUUCAUAAGGGCAUCAAGCGGAUUUCUGAAAUGUGUUUUGCGCAGAAAAUAUUGCUUAGAUAAGCUUAUAAUAUUUAGUAACCUGCAGCACAAUCCUUAAACGUUUCAGUCACGCCGAAAUAUUGGCUUUUGAAUAGAAUUCAUCUAAAUCUCGCCUCUUUUCACUCACUUCCGAUUUCAUUAUGAAUUUAAAUAAACGCUCUGGUAACUACAUUCAGAAAUGCUGUUUCUGUUGUUUUUAGUAGAAAAUUCUUCUAAUUCCGAUUUUAUAGUUCAAGAAUGCUCGUUCCCAUUAAAUGACCUUUUAAUUUCGUGCGAACUCUAGCCUUUGCACUUGCGCACUCUCCGCAUGUACCGCAUUAAAAAUUAUAAUUAUAAGGUCGUUAUAUACAAUUAUAAAAUUUUUCAAUGUUCGCGCAGUAUGUUGUGCACUUCGUAAACAAUACCUAUAAACCGACAGAUAAGACGCUAUAAGAAUGGACGUUUAAAAUAUUUUACAAAUUCUUUAAGCCAAGACUGGCAAUUUCUUCAGGCUAAAAAUUGAAAGAGACGUAAUUGCUGCACACUGGGUAUGAGGAGGGAUAUAUUAGCCAAUGCUUUUUCCAAGAAAGUCUAAACUUUAUUGGAAUAAACAUUCAGUGGUUACAAAAAUAUUUCAUCAUUGUAAAUGUCAAAGUUUGGUUCUGCAGACCCACUUUAUUGAUACCAUGCGUGCAAUUACGCUGACUUUGCGUAUCUCACAUGUUUGCGCCUUUCCUAACUAUUUAAACCCCGUGCCUCAGUGGGGAAGUACUUAUACGCCAGCCUCGGUUACAUCAGUUGUCAGUUCAUACGCACUUGCCUGCGCGUGAUUCGAGCCCUUCUUACGCCCUCAAUCUUCAAUCCAGAGAUUGACUAAGUAGGACUGUUAACGCCAUUGUUCGGAUGGUGUGGAACUCCGUCGGUUCCACUAGAGUGGCCAUGUACUUCGACUUAACCCUCUGUUCCCCUGUGCUCUUCCAAUUGUGAUUGCGACCCCUAUAUCCUCUUAAUCCAGCGAGUGACUGUGUCCGGAGAGUGUUACACAAAGCAUCGGUUAACAUGCGCUUCCCUGCGUGUGUUUCGAGCUUUGUCUGUGCUCUCUAUCCCUUCCUAAUCCAGGAGUGGCUAAGCUAACUAUGCUAACUAAAACUGAUUAAAGUGACUAAUCAGUGGAGCUCCAGUAAGAAACAUUUUCGGAACCUAUGGAUGCCUCUCCCUCCAUUAUACAUCUCAAAGCAUACAUAAUGUGUUGCAUGACCACGUCUAGAUAGAAUACGUUCUGUAUGAUUUCUAUACUCUGAAGAGGAUAUUUAUUGACUAAGAAGUCGCAACGGAUUAUUUUCCUUACUUUUUAACCUGGUUGCCCUAUAAAAUGUAGCGGCACACUAUACCUGGAACAAUAUUUGGCCCGAGGAUGGGAAGGUGGGAUUGUUGCUGAAGUUGUUGCUAUGGAAACAUCAAACAGGCUUGAGAAUUCCUCGAAGCCUGGCACUCGAACAAAACCAGCAUUAAUCUCCAUGUUGAUCUAGACUCUCACUACGAGGGUCUGUAUGCCCGGCUCACUAAGUUGUGCCCACGACGCAACAUGUAGAAUAUCACUAUUUCGCCACCCCCUCGCACAGACACAGAGAUCCGCAACUUCGACACCCAUGUACUGUUCUCCACCAGUCCCAUCCUAUACGGAGAGGGCAAGGAUAAACUACCAGCUCAGAGCACCUCCAUGCGUAUUUACUGCCUGACCUGCUCCUGGGGGGCAGAACAUAUUGCUUGCAUGAGCCGGCGUUUAUCCAAAAGUUAGGAAAGAACCACAUAAAGAACGUCAACAGCUUAAUCAUCGCGUACAUGGUAGAUGCAGACCACCGUGUAGACGCCAGAGAGGUCUUCAAAGUGAUUUACAAGGUCCCAUCAAGCUUUCCAAAACUACUUGGACAGCACUUGUUGACUACGGCAGAGGCGGCUGCAAUCAGGCUACACGGAACGGUCUUAUGCGCACAGAAGAACUUCAUACAGGUCCCACAGUCGCCAUGGUUUAAGUCCACCAAGCCAGCCACCCGCAUGUAAUCACCUUCGCCGAGUCCCACCUUCUCCCUGGCGCUGAAUAGAAUUGUGGUGUUUCACUCUUCCCCCCCAACCCGAACUACAACCUAUUUAUCUACUUGCCCGUAUCUUUCAAUUCAUUACUUCCAUAGCCAGAUAAAUGUACAGGCCUGAAGAGAAUUUAUCGAAAGCAGACGUAUGCUCGCCAAAUUGCGUUUUAAACACCCAAAACCUCUACGUUGGUUCAUUGGCCUCUGCCCGCAUGCCGGAUCGGCGACCAUUAAGACCACUGUCCGCAGUCCUGUUGAAUCGUCCUCCCCCCACUUUUCAUUACAAGGAGUCGCAAUAAUUCCUACUUCAUCUACCGCCACACAUUCUAGCCUUAUUAUAAGCAUGCCCCUUUCACACAUUAGUUGCUUGCCUAUAAGUGGCUGUCCUUUCGCGCCAAGUCAUUUAGUUUAGCUAUUUCAAUUUCUCCCCUGUUUAUUUCGUCUGACGACGGCUUGUGUCACCAGCUCGACAAUUCAAGAGUACAAUUCGACUUUUUCCGACGAGCCUUUUAUCUUCAUUAUAUAUGAAUUAAUUUAUUACAAAAUUUAAAAAGAAACGGAUAGUAUCAUUUUAGCGACCUAAAACGAUUAUAGCUUGAUCUUGACGGGAAAUAGCAGUACGAAUUAGGCGGGUCCUUGAAUUCUUGAAGAAUAACAGACCGAGUUAGGGAUAAUGAAGUAAAAGUGUCCCUUAGUCAAACAUAUCCGUGGAUUAGGUCGUAUUUUCUACAGGAGACUGAAUAAGAAAGGGAAUAUUUCGUGCAGAUCUUCGGCAUAAGCUGACUGCAUCGUGCAGGAACAAAUAUUAAUUACGUUUUUUAAUUUUCCAGGAGACUUAAGUCGGCAUCUUGUCGUGUGCGGAGCAGCGUGGAAUGAAUAUUAUCCAAGUUAUUCCCUCCUGUAACCUCACUUAAAUUAACUUCCUGAAUCGAAAGUAUAGGUUGGAAAUUCAAUCAGUGCUUUGCGGGAUUUGCACCCAGCAAACAUUCAUUCUCCGAUUGCUGAGAGCAGGCGAGCUCCAGAAAGCAGUUCAAAAGACGAAGAUGCAAUAACUGGAAUAAGAAAUUUGUUGGCCUGACGUUUCGGAUUCUUACGCGAACCAAUCAUCAGCGAAUGCCUCUGAUGAUGCUGAUGCUGCUGCUGCUGCUGCUGCUGCUGUUGAUGAUGAUGAUGAUGGUGGUGGUGGUGGUGGUGGUGGUGGUGGUGGUGGUGGUGGUGGUGAUCCGAGGCGUCAGGCCAGCAAAUUUCUUAUUCAAGUGGUCGCAUCCUCGUCUUCUAAACAUCCAUUAAUUCAGUCAUGCUGCCAAUGA